AUGCUCCACCAUGCCGAUGCCUUGCCGGACGCGGAGCGUGGUGGCGCUGCCGACGCCGGCCGCAGUGGCCAGGGCUCCGAGAAGAAGCCUUCAAGGAAGAAGGCGAAGCGCUUCGCCUUAUCUCCGUUUCCCGGAGGCAGUGGUGCCUCAAAGUCAGCGCUAGCGCUCGUUGCUGCGAUGGGUGCCAGAGCUGUUGGGCCCGUGCUGUCGCUGCGUUCAUCGCUGGCUGGCUGCUGCGGAACAGACUUGCACUUGGUGUUCUGCGCCCUGGAGAACAACGAGGACAUCCACUUCCUGAGCAUCGGCUGCAACGCGGCUCUGGCCACCUCCAGCUCCCUGGCCUCCCAGUUGGCCCAGGUGCUGCGGAAGGGCUUCCUGUGGGCCUGCGACUUCGGUGAGUUGUACUUCCGUGGUGACGUCCUGGACGUUCUCCUCAAGGGCAUUGAGGGGCCGUCCGGGGCCCCCCUCAGCAAUCUGGCCUUCACCUUCAUUGACAAGGGCUGCGGCAUCAAUGAGCGCCAAGUGGCCAAGCUGAAGUGCCUCACCCGCCAGAGGCGGCUGCUGGACAAGGCGCUGUCGUCCACGAAGGUGGACCGGACCCAUGCUGCGUGGCUAGACAUCCCCCACGUCUUCGGCCUCGUGAUGAGGUCCAAGAAUCUGACCAAGUGCUUCUGGCGCCCCUACCAGGAGGGGGAGUUCUGGCGCAGGGCCGGCUUCCAUUGCUCCGGCCUAAGGCUGCAGUCCCAGUCCGCGGGCAAGCGCGUGAACCCGGCGAUUCAGCGGCUGACCACCGCCCUCCACCGCGGGAAUCUCGACCCGAACGGUCUGCAGAAGGCCUUCCCCCCGGGCGAGGAGGGCCGGCGCCGAAGCCGGGAGCUCCUGGAGCAGGCCCUGCAGAGGGAUCUGCCCCCCGCGCCGCUGCCGCGCUGGGUGCUGCCAGGUUUCCGGGAGCCCCAGAAGCGGCAGAAGGAGGAUCGCCAGCCCGUCCUGCAGGAGGGGCUCUUGAAGCGGAGGCGGGUUACGGCGCCGGUGGAGUCGACCAUCGUCGUGGACGGGUGA